GAUGCUGAAGCCAUUUAUCAAUGGCUGAGUGAGUUUCAGCUGGAGCAGUACACCGUAAACUUUCUCAACGCUGGCUAUGAUGUGCCCACCAUCAGCAGGAUGACCCCAGAGGAUCUCACAGCUAUCGGCGUGACUAAACCAGGCCACCGCAAGAAGAUUUCCCUGGAGAUCGGCAACCUCAGCAUUCCAGAUUGGCUCCCGGAGUACAUACCGCAGGACCUCGGGGAGUGGCUGAGUGCCAUAGGUCUGCCCCAGUAUCAUAAGAAACUCUCGGAAAAUGGCUACGACUCUAUAAACAUUGUCCGAGAUCUCACAUGGGAGGACUUACAGGAGAUUGGCAUCACCAAACUAGGCCAUCAAAAGAAGCUAAUGCUUGCAGUAAAGAAGUUGUGUGAUAUCCACAAGGCUCUUCUGCAGACUGAAUCCGGACAGGGCACACUGCGCCGCAAAACACCUGCAGCCCUGGACCUGGUCGCAAUCGAGCCCCCUUCUGAGAGCUGCGACCUCCCCUCGCCCCACACGCCCAAAAUGAUGACGUUCCAGGACAGCGAGCUGAGCACAGAGCUCCAGAGUGCCAUGUCCUCACAAUACAGCGGCUGCCAAGAUGGACUAGCCAUCAAGAGUGCAGUAGGCAUGUCCUCUAGUCAGGAGAGCAUUGAUACGCGCUCUCGAGGGUCUGGACGCUCUCAGGAACCUCCCAGCACACCCUCGUCCACUUCAGCCCCAUAUACUUGCUCACGAGAGAGUCUAACAAGCCCCGACAGCAGUCCUGCUAAAGAGCGAAACAUCCCCGAAGGCCGCGAUCAGGGUCCACGUCCCCAGCAGCUGCCGUUCAGCUUUAAAUAUCCAACAAUUACAGCCAAACCCAAUCUGCAAGUCCUCAAUUAUCAUCGUGCACAGUAUAGCAGUGCUACGCUUGAUCGGCACUCUCCUAGCGUGUCCAAGAAACGUACGCAGAGUCUAUCCCGGUAUGCUUUGUCUGAUGGCGAACCAGAUGAUGAAGAUGAUAUUGAAGGGGCUCAGCUUGCUAAUGUAACCAUGCCUUCAUAUGCCACGCUGAGCCGAAAGCCUACCAGAGGACAGUUGGCACGUCUUCAGUCCGCCCCAGAGCAAUCUGUCGGACGGAGUCACUCUUUUGCAAUUAGGGCUCGGCGUAAAGGACCUCCUCCUCCACCUCCUAAACGCCUUAGCUCCGUCAGCAGCAGCAGCACUAGUGUCGAAACAGUCUCCGAGUCUCCACCUUCUGGAGGAGUGGAGAAUUGCAAGAGUGUAAAGAGCAUAGCGGCGGCUCUAGAAACAGUCCUACCUGUGCCUACUGCGGAGCUCCUUCAAGAGACUUCAACUAGUGCAAGUGAAGGGUCUAAACGGAGACCUCUGAGUGAAAGCGAAUCGAAACCAAUGUCUGAGCCUGAGAGAGCCACGAAGUCAGACUCGGAGGAAGACGACGGGAUGAAGGAUUCAGGACUGGAGAGUUCAUCUUCACCUCAGAACAGCUCAAGUGAAUGCAUCCCGUUUGCAGAGGAAGGCAACCUCACUAUUAAACAGAGGCCCAAAGUUGGAGGACCCCUCAAAGUGGAGACCACCACCACCACCACAGAGUGUCCAGAGAAAGCCAAACCAGUCAAAACCCCCGACCUUCCAGAGUUCAAUCUCAAAGAGUCCGACACCGUGAAAAGACGGCAGAAGCCAAAGGAUAAGGAGCAGCCGAACGCAGUGUCUGGGGAAUCGUCGGAUGUAGGAUCUCAGGACACAAUGAAGCUCCGCAUCAGUGAAAGCGAUGUGAGUCUGCCAUAUGUGGAGCUUCCGGCCAAACCUGUGAAAGCACCUCCGCCUCUUGCCCCGAAACCUCCCAGUCCUCUGAGUCUAUCACGGCACGCCUCUCAACCUGCUCCCGCACAUCCAACAGUUGUUGGCUCCAGCGUCACUCUGAGUGUUGUACAGAGUGUGGCCUUUGCAGCGCCUCCAUCGCCAAUCCCGUACUGUCCUUCAGCAGAAAACACGACUCAGGGGGUGACCUCAGGAAAUGUUCAGACUCCUACAGAGGGAGGUCAGGGGGCAACACUGAAGCACCAGCGGCUGGAGAAGACCAGCUCCACCCUGGAGGAAGCCCUGAAGGCGGUGGAGAGAAAGCUGACUUUGAAGAACAACAACAACGUGGGUGUUUCUCAUGCGGUGAAGUCUGCGGGGAACAUUCUGGACGACAUCGGGAACAUGUUUGAUGAUCUGGCUGAUCAGCUGGAUGCCAUGCUGGAUUAAAGCUAUCAGGGUUUUUUUUUUGACAAUGUCUUGGACAUCCCUGAAUCAGGAGAGUGGAAAUCUUCACAAUUGCCUUACAUUUCAAGCAGAGAAGAACUCUCAGACAAAGCUCUGCCCAUCUCCAUUUCUAAAGACCACACAGACACGGAUCUCUACUUAUUUUGUUGAUUCCGGUUUCAGUUUACCAGCAUAUACGGUUUAUAUGUAUGUGUGUGUGUUUCUUUUUGUCCUGUUAUUGUAUUGUUUUUGGGAGGCUGGAUUGUGGACCAAGCAUGACCCAAGCGAACUGUGCAGAUGAAAGACGUGCACUUAGGAGAUCCAUUCCUAAAGCAAUAUACAUUUCACAGCGCUACGCUGAUUCAGCACAUUUAUACACUACAACAAAUGUUUUCCAGUCGAAACAUCUAAAAACUCUUAAAUCAAGAAGCAUUUUCAUGACAAGUAAAAUAUUGUUGUUUUUUUGAAUACUACCCGAGUAAAAAUUAAGUGAGUUUUUCCUUAAAACGAGAACAACAAUCUGUGAUUGGGCUAAAUAAAAUAAUGUUGUUUUAAAUUUGAUAUAUGGUAUUUUACUCACAGAUUUUUUUAGCUUGUUUGAUGAAAAAACUUAUUUAAUUUUGACUUGUUUAAAAAAUAGAAAGUAA